AUUAACCAAUGACAUAACAAUUAUCUAAUCAAUGUCGUUACCUGUAACAGCUAAUAUCAUUAAAAGAGUUUAUAUAUAGAACGGGUUAUUUGUAUACAUUUUAGUAUUAUUACAAAAGUCGCUUUUCAUCUUAAUUAUGGAAGUAAAUAAUUUGCUUGCAGUUCUACCAUGCCUUCUUCUGGCUGCAAAUGCAUUCCCUGCGUCACCUGAUCAACAAAAUACUGGUCAAAACCUAUUAGAAGAUAAUUCUAAUCCAGUGAAGACCAACAUAGUUCUCAAGACUAAUCUAAUAAGUCCACAACAGUUGAACCAACAGGAAAAACCACCUCAGCUGGUGGGAACGCUGUAUCAAGAACCUAAUCACGUCUUGGUUGGGCAACAAAAUCAACCAGCAAUAAACCAGCCAGCGACAAAUCAACCAGCAAUAAACCAGCCAGCGACAAAUCAACCUCUGAUAAACCAACCUGCGAUAAAUCAACCAAAUCAACCAGCUUUUGUAUUGUUGAACCAACCACCACCGCAUGAACAAGUGUUUUAUGCGUAUCAACAAUACCAACCUCCAUUAUUGGUGAGCCAGCCUAGCAAUCAACCAAUAUGGUUGACGUCUGUCGGUCCACCAAGUGGACAACUUGUAUUCAAACCAUUUGGAACUGUAAACAUAUUUAUUCCACUAAAUGCCAACACGUAUUUAAUGCCUUUCAACUUGAAUAAGUAAUUGUAACGUACUCGUAAUAGCCAAUGUAAUAAUUACUCUAAUAUUGAAGUGAUCGGCUAGUAACUUCAAUAAAUCGAAACUUCACACAAAUAAAUACUUUCCGUUCUAUUGAAAA